CAAUAUUUAUUGUCAUACCUCCCAACCCAAUUAAAGGACUUUUACCGAUUGGAGGAGAAGGGCACUAAAGGUUUCGGGGAAACAAAACUCGCUGUUUCCCUUGAGGCCAGUUAUUAAAUGCUAGGUUAUAAGACUUGUCAAAGUGUAACAAGGUUCAAGUUUUCCGUGGCUUUACCAAUCCAAAAAAAUACAAGUAGUUGACUCAUCAGAACGUGCAUAUAUAAUCUUAAUUCUUUUCUGUCAACAGAAUUAUAAAUAAAUAAAGGGAACAACAACAACAAAACACAAAGCCAAACAAAAAAAUAAAUUGUUUCAAGACAAUAACCAUAUGUAAGCAGAAAGAGGCAGUCCAUUCUACUUACAGACCACACAGUCACACAGGUGUAGUUUCGCGCUUUGCGAAAGACAUUUUGGCCAAUCAAAUCACUACUACAAAAUCACGUGAAAAUGGGAGGAAUUUGAAACACGCGACCAGGCCCUUUACAUUUGUCAGUUGGAUCGUACGUUGGUUGUGCCAUUUAUGAGACUUGAGGAACUAGAAGCUAGCUGUUGUUCGUUUACUGGAAAGACUCUGUUUUUUGUUAUCGUGUUGAAGAAGCGCAGUUUUACUUGAAGUAAUAGCAUCACAUUUAAAAAAGUUACCGCCAGUUCAAUUUGAAUCUGUGAAAUGGCGUCUGUAGUAUCUCAAGGUGAGCCAGAGUUUCUAAGAUCUUUAAAUGUGGAAGAAUGUUGUAAUCGGUUAUCGGUGGGCUUUAUGUUCUGUUCCAUACUCUUAAUUCAUUUAUGUUAUUCUGCGAACAAGCAGGCAAUUGUACUGGGACCAGCGUAGCUUUCGAAGUCAUGUUGAGUCCCAAAGUGGAGAAUGCAAGGAAGCCGCGAUUAACUCCAUUGAAAGGAAAAGAAAGUUUUAACAUACAGCUGCUGGUAGAAAAGCAGCUAGCAGCCGAAAAACGAAGAAAGAGUAUUGAAGGUGAAGUUUUGGCCAAAGCUGCUAGCAGAAGUGAACACGUUGUUCAAGUUCAGCAGAAUAAACUGUUGACAGUUGCAGAGAAAAGUAGAAUGGCAGAAGAAAAGCUCAAACAAAAGAUGUGUACACAUUCUGAAAACAAGGAAGCCCAGAUUAAGGCGUUGUACAGCCGCCUUCACGCAAAAGAACAACACAUCAAAGAAGUGCAAGCAAACCUGCGAGAGAUCAUUGCAUCAUUUUCUAAAAAAGCAGAAGAGAAGAUUCAACAAAAAGAAGCUGUAAGCAAGGAAAACCUUGAGUUACACCGCAAAGCUCAGAUGGAACGUUGGCAAGCUCAUGAAAAGCGCAUUCAAGAAGUGUUGGCUUCUUUACAAGAGAGUAUUGAGAAGCAAUCCAAAAUAGCUGAGGUUAACUUGCAGCAGAAGAUGGAAACAACUACAGAGAAGCGAGAAGCUUUGAUCCGCUCACUGCAGGAGAGACUGCAGUUUAAGUCUCAGAAGAUUGAGCAAGCACGGCAACUUGUAGAUGCUCUUGUUCAGGAACAAAGCAAAGUUUGCAAACAGAAGUUACAGCAGAAACUGGAACAAUCAGAGGAGAAACGCAAUGCACUGCUCAGAGCUUUACAAGAAAGAUUGGAGGCACAUGACAAGCAUGUAGAGGAGGUUUACCACCAAGUUAAGACACAGAGAGCUGAGAAAGCUCAGGGUUAAUAAACAGAGAUUGAGUCAUGACCAUCACCUGUCGCACAAACCCUAUCUAAUAUCCUUCCCUGAAAACAUGGUUACAAGGCUGUAGUUUUCAAAAGUUUUUCAUGUUGUCUUGUUAAAUUUGAUACUUCGCUUUAAACUUAAUGAUAAUAGUUAAUGAAAACAAACUUUAAAUAUUAUUGUAUAUUGUUGUGUUUAUCAAUAAGGAUUUCCAUCCAAGGAUUCAAAUGUUACAAUUAAAGUAAAUUAGUUUGCGAAUAAAUUUUGAACAUUUCUCCACAAAUUGGGUGUAAACUAUUGAGACAUUCUUUGGCGGUCUCUUGCAAGAGCU